UUUUUUUUUUUUUUUUUUUUAAAUACAGAAGCCGCCGCCUGGCUUCAUCACACACAGACACAGUUUAACUCACUGCUUUCGCGGAUUCGCUAAACAACUGAAAGAACACACACACAGUGUAGGCGUGCACUCACCUCGCCGCCGCACUACUGAUUUCUUCGAAAAUUGUAAUACACUGAAGAAUGGGAAUACCAGCAUUCUAUAGAUGGUUAACGGAGAAGUAUCCGCUUAUAAUUGCCGACGUCAUGGAAGAAACGCCGCUUUUAAUCAACGGCGUUUCUGUCCCACUCGACACUUCCUGCCCUAACCCUAACGGUAUCGAGUUCGAUAAUCUCUAUCUUGACAUGAAUGGAAUCAUUCACCCUUGUUUCCAUCCCGAAGGACUGCCGCCUCCGACUACAUACGAGGAGGUUUUCGCUGCGGUUUUCAAGUACAUUGAUAGGAUCUUCUCCAUUGUCAGGCCUCGAAAACUCCUUUUCAUGGCUAUUGAUGGUGUUGCUCCACGAGCUAAGAUGAAUCAGCAGCGGUCGAGGCGUUUUAGGGCUGCUAGAGAUGCUGCUGAUCAAGCCUUAUCUAUAGGGACGGAUGGUGGGAUUGUCCCUGAAUCAGAAGAAGGGAACUUGGAGCAAGUGAAGAAACUUGACUCGAAUGUAAUUACACCUGGAACUGAGUUUAUGGAUUUGUUGUCGUCAGCUCUUCAUUAUUACAUACGCUUGAGGAUGAAAGAUGAUUUGGGAUGGCGAGGAGUAAAGGUCAUUCUUUCUGAUGCUAAUGUGGCCGGUGAAGGAGAGCAUAAGAUAAUGUCAUACAUCCGCUUGCAAAGGAAUCUACCGGGUUUUGAUCCAAAUACACGGCAUUGUUUAUAUGGAUUGGAUGCGGAUUUGAUUAUGCUCGCGUUGGCUUCUCAUGAAAUUCAUUUCUCGAUUCUGAGAGAGGAUCUUGGAAAUGCAAGCACAGGCGGUAAAUCUUUGAAAGAAAAACAUAGACUAAUGAAGCGCCGAAAAUUAAAUGGGGAUUCAGAGCAAGUAGGAAAGUUUGCUGAGAAUAUAGAAAAACAUAUCUCGGGGAUGAAGUUUCAGUUUCUCAAUGUUUGGAUCUUGAGGGAGUAUUUAGCAUAUGAUUUGAGAAUACCAGACACAACAUUGAAAGUAGACCUGGAGCGUGUGAUUGAUGAUUUUGUCUUCAUGUGUUUGUUUGUUGGAAAUGAUUUUCUGCCACACAUACCAUCACUGGAGAUAUCCGAGGGGGCUAUCGAUUUGCUCAUGGCAGUUUACAAAAAGGAAUUUGCUCAGAUGGGUGGUUACCUAACAAAUUCCUUUGAGAUAAACCUGAUUCGUGUGGAGCACUUUGUUCAAGCUCUGGGUUCUCAUGAAAGCGCAAUCUUUAGAAGACGCAACCAGAUGCAAAAGGAAAGAGAGAUACGUUUCCAACGCAUAUCAAAACGUCCGCAAGCAUUUCAUUCAUCAAAAUCAUUGUUUGAUGAUGGUGUAUCUGAAAGUUGCAAAUCUUCUGUGAAGCUGGAAACAGCUCCUCUCAGUCAAAAUCGACAAAAUCCCCGAAGCAUGGCCAUUAAGGAAUCAAACCACUUCUCCUCCAAUGGCACAAGUGCUGUGGUUGACAAGAUUAAAUUGGGAGAAGAGGGUUGGAAGGAAAGAUACUACGCAGAAAAGUUUGAGGCAAAGAGUGAAGAUGAGCGUGAUACCAUUAGGAGACAUGCGGUUUUGAAAUAUGUAGAAGGGAUUUGUUGGGUUAUGCAUUACUACUAUGAAGGAGUCUGCUCCUGGCAAUGGUUCUACCCUUAUCAUUAUGCACCAUUUGCCUCGGAUUUCUAUGGCUGUGAUCAGUUAGAAAUUCACUUCACACUUGGGGAACCUUUCAAGCCAUUUGAUCAAUUAAUGGCAGUGUUGCCUGCUGCGAGUGCACAUGCUCUUCCUUUGUUUUACAGGAAAUUGAUGAUGGAUGCAUCAUCACCAAUAUUGGAUUUUUACCCUACUGAUUUUGAGCUUGAUAAUAAUGGGAAGCGUUUUUCCUGGCAGGCUAUUUGCAAAUUACCAUUCAUCGAAGAGUCCCGCCUUGUUUCAGAGAUCACAAAAGUGGAGCACACAUUGACAGAUGAAGAGAGACGGAGAAACCGUUUGGGUUAUGAUGUCCUGUGUGUUCAUAUUUCACAUCCUUUGGCAGUUAAGGUAAUUUCUAUGUUCAAGUGCAAAGAUCAGCCAGCUCUGCCAACAGCUAAUGGAAAAUUGAAAAUUGACCCAAAAAUCAGUGGUGGAAUGAAUGGAUACAUUUACAUUUCUGAGAAACCUGAAUGGCCUCUCGGGAUAUUUUCACCAAUUGAUGGCAUGCUGAUGAUAGCGAGUGAACAAGCGAUAUCAGUGUUCUAUGAAUACCCUCCAUUUCAUUCCCAUAUUCCAAGGCUACCAGAAGGAGUUAUCUUGCCUAACAAGUCCGUGACCAAGUGCAAUAUUUUGCAUGCACAUCAUUUAUGGCAUGAACCAGCUAUUCCUGGUUCUAUAUCUUCUAAAAGACAAAUCCCCAAGUCUAUCUCAGGCCCUCAACUGGCAGAAUUGGCUCAUCGACUUGUGUCAGAAUAUAGUUCUUCAAAGCAACUGGACUUCCGCAGAUGUGCUGAACGUGGGUUACCUCUGGAUGCUGCUAGAAUGGGAGAAAUGAGAACACAAGUCCAGCCCAAGAAAAGGAAACGAGGUAAACACAAUAAAAACUGCCUUGAUGGUAGCUCUAAAGAAAGUCAAGGGGGUAAAGGUGAUUUUGUCCCUAUCAACAAUGUCAAGAAUAUGGAGAGUUCUACUCUCAGGCAACAGGGGGAAAGCUGUGGUGGUUAUGGCAGUGAUGGAGUGGAUGAAAUUAAAAUAGAAAAAUCUAAAAAGAGGAAAAGGAGUUCUAAUAACAGAAAACAUGAGGAAGGUGCUGUUAUACACGAUGGUGUUCAGAAGCUGGAAAGAAGCAUUCAAGAACAGAGAAACAGUGAUCAUACUUCUGGAGGUGUAGAUGGAGAAAAUGAUUACAAAGAAGAAAAAUCUAGGAAAAGAAAAUCCAGAAAAAGAAAACAAAGAAAUAAGAAAGGGAAUCAGAAUGAUGGUGAUGCUGUCCAAAACAAAAAUGCUGAGAAAUUGGGGUGCUGUAACCACCACAUCAGCGAACAACAAAGUUGUGUUCUUCAGGAGCAGAGCGGAGGGGAUGUUCGUGCAGUUGGAGAUGUGUCAUUGGAGUUGAAAACAGAGGUGGAAUCCAAGAAAAGGAGAAAGAUCGAAGCUGAUGGCGUCCUAAUUGACAAUGUUGAAAAAUUGGAGAGUUGUUUUCUCAUGGAACAAAGAGGACGUGACAGUAACCACACAAAUGCUUAUGGAUUGGAUGCAACCAGUAAGCCUGUCCCAAAUAACAAUCAUCUGGAAUUGGAGGAUGGGGCAGUGGAAUUGAAUAAAGAGUUGAAAUCCAAAAAAAGGAAACGAAGAUCUAAGAAAAGGAGAAAGAUUGAAGCUGAUGGCGUCCUAAUUAACAGUGUUGAAAAGUUGGGGAGUUGUUCUCCCAUGGAACAAAGAGGAGGUGACAGCAAACUCACAGAUGCUGAUGGAUUGGACUCAACCAGAUUGCCUGUCCCUAAUAAAAUCAAUCAGGAAUUGGAGGGUUCUGGUCUUCAGGAACAGAUAGAACACUUUGACCAUUCAGGUGCAAAUGAAGUGGAAAUAAAACCAGAAGUCAAAUCCAAAAGGAAGAAACGGAGGUCCAAGAAAAAGCAGCAGAUGGAGCUUACUGUCCCAGCUAAUGAUCCUGUAAACUUGCAGUCUGGUCUUCCUGGAAAACAGGGAACUUUCGACAGCAACCAUAUAGGUGUGGGUGGGUUGGAAAUGCUGAUGGAUUGGACGCAACCAGUAUCUGUCCCAAAUAACAAUCAUCAGGAAUUGGAGGAUGGGGCAGUGGAAUUGAAAAAAGAGUUGAAAUCCAAAAAAAGGAAACGAAGAUCUAAGAAAAGGAGAAAGAUUGAAGCUGAUGGCGUCCUAAUUAACAGUGUUGAAAAGUUGGGGAGUUGUUCUCCCAUGGAACAAAGAGGAGGUGACAGCAAACUCACAGAUGCUGAUGGAUUGGACUCAACCAGAUUGCCUGUCCCUAAUAAAAUCAAUCAGGAAUUGGAGGGUUCUGGUCUUCAGGAACAGAUAGAACACUUUGACCAUUCAGGUGCAAAUGAAGUGGAAAUAAAACCAGAAGUCAAAUCCAAAAGGAAGAAACGGAGGUCCAAGAAAAAGCAGCAGAUGGAGCUUACUGUCCCAGCUAAUGAUCCUGUAAACUUGCAGUCUGGUCUUCCUGGAAAACAGGGAACUUUCGACAGCAAACAUAUAGGUGUGGGUGGGUUGGAAAUGAAAACAGAAGUCUAACCCAGGAAGAGGAAAUGCAGAGCAGAAAAUAGGAGACAGAGCAGGUGACAUUGUCUCAAAUUAUGGUUUUGAGAACUUGGAUCGUCUUUUUCUUGGUAAACAAGGAAGAGAUGGUGAUCAUGGAGGUGCAGGUGUGGUGGAGGAAAUGAAAACAGGGAACAGGUUCAGAAAUAUGAAAAGAUCAAGAUGACAUGCAUUGAAGAUGAUGGUGCCCCAAAUAUUACUUUCUGUAAUUGAACAGUAUUAUUCCGAGGAACAGGUCGGAGAAAUUGAGAUAUUUGAUUUUGCGUCUUCAUGGCAAGGCAAACCUCUGUAGGCUUCGAAGGAAAUAAAGAAGAGAAGGGUGGCCUCAUUUCAAAAUUGCAACAUUAAUCUCGUUCAAAUUAUAGCUUUAACUUUGUUGUUCAAAGUAGCCUUGUAAUUCUUCGAGAGAGUCAUUGCAAUUGUUUUUUAAAAUGUUUUUUUUAUUUAAAAAUACAUUAAAAUAAUACAUUUUU